UUGCGCGCCACAGAAACAUCUGCACAAUGAUCAGCGCGAGAAAUACGAAAUAAGACCUAAUUUCCGAAACUCUUAAAACCGUGGAGGAAAACAUUAGGAUAACAAUCUAUUGCUCGCAUUAUUAAUUUUCCAAAAAAGUGAUACGAUGCAUUGCAGGAGAGGGAAGACAGAGAAGUGGAUGUGGAAAUAGGCGUGACAGUGUGCUUGCGUUGAUUUGCCCAAUGCAUCUAAAUUAUAGCAAAUUGGUUUGAUUGUUCGUCACUGUACAUGUAAACAUGAGUUCUGGCAUGCAGGAACAAGAACAAAGGACGAGACUUCAGCACUUCCUGUCGGAGCUUGCAAUACUGGGUUCUUUACAGGGCUUCCAUUAUUUUCAGCCCUGGCUAAGAGGGAGAGAGGAACUUCUGUUGACUGUGGUCAAUGAUGACUUGAGAUGGCGUUCACCUGGGUUCGCCGUGUCUGUGGCCUCCAACUUCACCAGCUCAACCUGCAGUAGCAGUUACAGUCUGGACAGCGACUACGCCAGCUCGCCUUUAACAGGAGAAGGGCCACUUCCACAAGAAAUACAAGAGACGCCAGACGCCACACAGCAACAAACUCCCAGCAGGAAUGUUGAUUCUCAUCUUCUCCCAGCCUCACCCAGUGAGAGAGAGAUUGCUGUUCCUGAAAUGAACUGCACCCUGUUCCUGUUAGCCGGCUACGCCAAGUAUGGGCAACCUUAUGCCUGGAUUCGAUCCAAUCAUGAACGCCUAGUAAACGUUGGAGGAACUGAUACUCUAGUCAAAGAUACACCAAUGAAGCUGAAGUCCAUCACAGACUGGGUUUCAACAUCCCAGGGAACUCAUGUGUGGGACGUAGUGAGUGAGCUUGUAGGACUGUGCACCAUGCCGCCUCCCGACAACCCCUUUUCUCUGGACAUGCGCUACCUCCAAACCCUGUCCCUCCCAGAGCGCUUCCUGGUCACUGGGGCCCUCUUGAAUUUCCUGGAGAUGAUUGUGGUUCAGGGAAGCCGAGAGGAACCCUUCUAUGAUCUGGUUGUGGAAGAGCUGAAGCCACUGAGACGACUUCAUUUCCAAAGUCUUUCUGAGGUCCAAAGGUUUCAAGGCAGCGACAGGACGCCAAGUCCUUUACCCACCAAAUGAAAAAUGAACAACAUCCAAUGGCCCAUUAUUUCAGCAUCCCCAGAUGCUUCUGAAGUUGGUCACUGCUCGGACCUCCAACUGUUUUUAGCCCAGAUGCCUAUUGUUGAGGAGAAACUUUCUACAGGAAACAGCUUUAGACGACAUCCCGCCAACUUCAAAAUAUUUCUUGUCCAAAAGACAAUGGUGUGUAAUAGCGUGUUAUGUGAAAAAUGCAAACAUGAAAUAAACCAGACUGAUUUGAUCUACAGACAACAAAUAGACACACACAAAAAGCACAUCUGUAAGGAAAUGACCUCUCCGUUA